AUGGCCGACAAACUCCGCACCCAGCAACAGCUCGAGUCACUCCAGAACAAGUACAUCGGCACGGGACACGCAGACACUACCAAGCACGAGUGGACAUCGAACAUCGCCCGCGACUCCUAUGCCAGCUACCAGGGUCACCCUCCGCUCCUCCACUACAUGUCGAUAGGGAUGGGAAUGCCGAUGGAGAAGGUCAGGAUGCAUUGUAUGGAAAAGAUGGUGUUGCCUUGUGGGCCGGCGCCGGCGAUGGAGGAAUGA